UAUUAGGUUUAUAGUGCUCUUGUUAGUUAAGUGCAUGGCAGCACAAGCAGGGUCAGGGCAUACUCUUCGUGAUGAAGUGAAAGCCCUUGGUGAAAUAGCUUCACAAUUGGGAAAGAAAGAUUGGAAUGUCAAUGUGGACCCAUGCAUAAAUGAGCCAAGUUGGUUAACGCCUUUAUCAAAGUUGGAUUCAAGGCCACUGUACAACAAUUCUCUCAUCUGUAAUUGCUCAUACCCAGAUAGUGUAUGCCACGUCGUCGGAUUGUUCUUUGAAGCACAAGAUCUUGCCGGUGUGCUUCCGCGAGCUCUGGUGAAGCUACCUUACCUGAAGUCCCUUAAUCUUGAUCGUAACUACCUUAGUGGUAACAUACCUAGCGAAUGGGCUUUUAUACAGUUGGAAUCUCUGUCAAUCAGUGUGAACAAUUUAUCAGGACCAAUUCCAAGCUUCUUGGGAAAAAUGACCACACUAAAACAUCUGAGCCUACAAAACAAUAUGUUUUCUGGAAUGGUUCCCCAUGAGUUUGGAAAUUUGGUUAAUUUGGAGAAUCUCAUUCUUAAUGCUAACAAUCUCACAGGAAAGUUGCCAGUUACUCUUACUAAUUUGAUCAAAUUAACGGAUCUUAGAAUUAGUAGUAACAACUUCAUUGGAAGAAUGCCCGACUUUUUUCAAAGUUGGAAUCAGCUUCAGAGAUUAGAGCUCCAAGCUACUGGUUUUGAGGGGCCAAUUCCUUCUAGCAUUUCUAUCUUGAGUAAUUUAACAGAGCUAAGGAUCAGUGACUUAGUGGGAGAGGGUUCAAAAUUUCCAAACUUAAGUAGCAUGAAAGGCAUGAAAAGAUUGAUGUUGAAGGGCUGUAAUAUCUCUGGACCAAUUCCAACAUAUAUAUCAGACAUGACACAACUUUUAACUUUAGAUCUCAGUUUCAACAGAUUGGAUGGAAUUAUUCCAUACUUUGGUGGUCUUACAGAUUUGACAUAUUUGUGUUUGACAAGCAACUUGCUCACUGGGUUUGUUCCGGACUGGAUCAUGAGCAGAGAUAGUAAAUACCAAAUAGAUCUUUCUUACAAUAACUUGUUAGAGCGCCCUCUACCAACCUGUCCAGAUAACAUAAAUUUCUUCAAAAGCUUUUCUGGAAGGGACAAGUUAACACUUCAUGAGUGCCUGGAUGAAUCUCCAUGUUCAAAAGAUUGGUAUUCAGUGCAUAUAAAUUGUGGUGGGAAAGCAACCACAAUUGGAAACAUUAAGUAUGAAGAGGAUGUUGACCCAGCUGGUGCAGCGAAAUAUGUUCGUGUGAGUGAGAAUUGGGGGUUCAGUAGCUCUGGAAGAUUUUGGGGUAUUAACACUAGUGCAAAUGACUAUAUAGCAAAUAAUGUAUCCAUACUCAGAAUGAAUGAGUCUGAACUAUACACAAGUGCACGCGUUUCUCCCCUUUCAAUCACAUACUAUGCCCGCUGCUUAGCAAACGGACCUUAUAAAGUGAAACUUCACUUUGCGGAGAUAGUAAUCAGAGACAAUAGAUCUUUUUCUAGUGUUGCCAGGCGGAUAUUUGAUAUUUAUGUUCAGGAAAACUUGGUGUUGAAAAAUUUUGAUAUUAAAAAUUCUGCACAAGGGGUUGAUAAAGAAGUUGUCAAAGAAUUUGAAGCAAAUGUAACGACCAAAAUUUUGAUGAUUCGCUUUUAUUGGGCUGGGAAAGGAACAACAGCUGCCCCAAAGAGAGGAAUAUAUGGUCCUCUCAUAUCAGCUAUCUCUGUGGAAGCUGAUUUCAGUCUCCCUGAUGAUGGCAAGAUAAAGAUAUCCAUUGUGGUCGGAGCUGUAGUUGUGGUGCUACUCCUCAUUUUUAUGAUUUUGCGCAUUUUUUGGUGGAAAGGCUGUUUGGGAGGGAGGAUAUCACAAGAAAAUGAGUUAAAAGGAUUAGAUCUGCAAACCGGUUUUUUUACAUAUAGACAAAUAAAAGUUGCCACUAAUAACUUCAAUGCUGCCAACAAGAUUGGGGAAGGUGGUUUUGGAUCAGUUUACAAGGGUAUUCUAUUUGAUGGUACUGUAAUUGCAGUUAAGCAACUUUCAUCAAAAUCAAAGCAAGGAAGCCGUGAAUUUGUGAAUGAAAUAGGCAUAAUAUCUGGUUUACAACAUCCUAAUCUUGUUAGAUUGUAUGGAUGUUGUAUUGAAGGAAAACAACUAUUGUUGGUAUAUGAGUACAUGGAAAACAAUAGCCUUGCACAUGCUUUGUUUGGUCCUGCGGAUGGCCGGUUAAAAUUGGAUUGGCCUACAAGGCAGAAAAUAUGUGUUGGCAUAGCGAGAGGUCUGAGUUUCUUGCAUGAGGAAUCAACAAUUAAAAUUGUUCAUAGAGACAUUAAAUCUACUAAUGUGUUACUUGACCAAGAUCUCAACCCUGAGAUCUCUGACUUUGGUUUAGCUAAGCUAGACGAAGAGGAGAACACACACAUUAGCACCAGAAUUGCUGGAACAAUAGGCUACAUGGCGCCAGAAUAUGCAUUAUGGGGCUAUUUAACCUACAAAGCUGACGUUUAUAGUUUUGGUGUUGUUGCAUUGGAAAUUGUUGCAAGGAAGAACAACAUAAAAUAUCGACCAAAUGAGAACUUUGUAUCCCUUCUAGAUUGGGCCUUCGUUUUACAACAGAAAGGAAAUUUGAUGGAGCUGGUAGAUGCAGAAUUGGGUUUAGAGUUCGAUAAGGAAGAGGUACUUAGAAUGAUUAAAGUAGCUUUAUUAUGCACUAAUCCAUCACCAGCGCUUAGGCCAACUAUGACUUCCGUAGUGAGCAUGCUUGAAGGCAAAAGAGUUGUUGAUGAAUUGGCUUGGGAUCCAAGUAUUUAUGGUCAUGAAUGGAGUUUUGGAGCCUUCAGAGACCAAUUUGGUCAGAACCCACGACCAAGCUCAAUGGAAACUCAUAGCCUAAUUCAGUUAUCAAAUACAACACGGAAUAGCUCUUCUUCAUCAGCCCAGGAUCUCUAUUCCAUCAAUCUAGACUCUAGGUAAUAUAUAUAAGCAACUAAGCCUCCAGCUUAUGUGACAAGCAUUGUGCAAGUUUAAUGAUAAGAA